GAACCCAUAAAUCUGUACGGUGAAGAGUCUAUUAUAAAAGGGGAUGCUAUAUGGACAGGUCCCUUAACUCGGGAAUUUAUUCAUUCUACACAAAAGUUUCUCUGAGGUGCUUGGAUUUGAUUUCAUCGUGCUAUGGAAAGUUUUCAAGAUGGUGAAAGAUUGCAUCUGUUAGUCGUGGACGAGGCUGGAGACACAACCGGGAACGGAACCUGGCAGGAAACUAAAAUUGAGGUGAGGGAUCUAACAAAAGUUUCAGACGAGGGUGUUGUAAUAUUGAGCAAAGUCAACGUGGAUAUCCCCAAAGGUGUGAUUAUGGGGAUCAUAGGGCCAAGUGGAAGUGGAAAGUCAACGUUUUUGAGGGCACUCAACAGAUUAUGGGAGCCACCUCGUGCUUCUGUGUUCUUGGAUGGUGUAGAUAUAUGUGAUCUUGAUGUACUCGGAGUUCGCCGGAAAGUCGGGAUGUUAUUCCAGCUUCCGGCUAUCUUUGAAGGCACAGUUGCAGAUAACAUCCGAUAUGGACCACAAUUACGAGGAUACUUUCCUAAUUCUCGCCUCAAUUCAAACCUCCCGCUAAAAGUAUUUGGAAGCACUGCCUUUAUGCAUUCUCAUUACCAAAAUAAACUUGAACCACGAGCAAUAAAGUGUGUUUUCAUUGAGUACUCAUCCACUCAAAAUGGCUAUAAAUGCUAUGACCCAUCCACAAAACGGGUCUAUGGGGAGGACUUAAGUGAAGAUCGGUUGGAUCGUGAAUUCUUAGAAUUUAACCUCUCCACAACUGACCCAAAUGUCACCCUACCUUCUAAUGUGUCAUAUACAGAAGGAAACUUGAAUUCAGGGGGAGAUGCGGAACAUUUAAUAUAUACUAGGAAUGCCUAG